UCAGAGCUAAGACAAUGUGUGAGUUUCAGGCACACACAUACCCAUUGUUCCAUUCUCUUCCUCUGUCUUGAAACGAUGGCUGCUUCACAUUUUGGAAGAAAAUUUCACUUCACUCCCUCUUCUUCCUCCUACCCUUUGCAGCAAAAGGUAGGAAAUAGAUAUUGAAUGCUUACCGGGUUCACUCAAAAUGAAAUCAGGAUUUAGAAGUGGCUGGCCCUCUGUUGUGCGUCUUCGUCUCAAAGACAAAUCAGUCACCCCUUUUUGCAUAUUCUCUAAAGUGAAAUCAGCUGGCAACUUACCUGGAAAUGCACCUGUCUAUCUCAAUGUCUAUGAUUUGACAACAGUAAAUGGCUAUAUGUAUUGGGCUGGCCUUGGUAUUUUCCACUCAGGUGUUGAAGUUUAUGGAGUAGAAUAUGCAUUUGGAGCCCAUGACUAUCCAACAAGUGGUGUCUUUGAGGUUGAACCUCGGCAGUGUCCUGGCUUUAAGUUUAGGAAGUCAAUAUUCAUGGGAACCACUAGCUUAGAUCCUCUCCAGAUUAGAGAGUUCAUGGAGCGCCAGUCUGCAAAUUACAACGGUGAUACUUACCACUUGAUAGUGAAGAAUUGCAACCAUUUUUGUGAGGACAUUUGUUACAAGCUGACAGGGAAUUCAAUACCAAAAUGGGUCAAUCGUCUUGCAAGAAUUGGUUCCUUUUGCAACUGCAUCCUCCCUGAUGCCCUUAAAACUUCCACUGUUGAACAUGAUCCCAAUUUUCAAGGGUGUGAUAGUGAGAAAAGGAGGCUACGAACCGCUUUCAGUUGCUUGUCAUCAAUCUCAAUGCCGCAGAAGGAAGUAUCUCUGUCUUCAUUAUUUCUGCAUUCCCACUAUAAAGGCUGUCUACCACCAUGGCAGUUGAAGAAAUCUAAGAAGGGAUCCUUAAAGCAAAAAUGAGAAGACUACUUUACUUCACAGUAACUCUUCUCUGCUGUAGAGUUUCCAUUGCCUUUCUGGUUCAGUCAUUUAUGUAUGCUCUUCCUCAAGUGCAAAAUUUUCUGUCCAUAUUUAUUUUGGAUAUGCAAGCUCUGAGCUAUGUUGGUUCUUUCUUUCCUUUUUGUUUUACCCCCUCUUUUAUCAUGUGUCUAGUUUUUGCUUGUAAUCUGUCUUAUUGUGAAUCUAUGUUAGAUAUAUUGCUGUGUCAGCUCAAUUUUUCAU